AUGACGACACGCCGGUUCAGUGCGCGCGCGAAAGCAGGAGCAUUUUCUCCCUCCCUCUUCCCUCCUCACGGCCGGAGCGAAAAACAUCCACUAAAACUCAACAAUCCGCAAACAUCCACAAAACUAUGGCAGAUCCUAAGGACACACAAGAUGACCACGAGACGGCCACAGAUAACGUAGACGACUCAAACCAUGACCCUCACUUUGAGCCCAUCGUAUCACUUCCUGAGCGUGAGGUUAAAACUCUGGAGGAGGAUGAGGAGGAGCUUUUCAAAAUGCGUGCAAAGUUGUACCGGUUUGCGAGUGAAAACGACCCUCCGGAGUGGAAGGAGCGCGGCACGGGCGACGUCAAACUGCUGCGGCACAAAGAGAAAGGCUCCAUCCGGCUGCUGAUGAGGAGAGACCGCACGCUAAAGAUCUGCGCCAACCACCACAUCAUGCCCCUGAUGGAGCUGAAGCCCAAUGCAGGCAGUGAUAGAGCCUGGGUGUGGAACACACACGCUGACUUUGCAGAUGAAGAACCCAAACCGGAGCUGCUGGCGAUCCGCUUCCUCAACGCUGAGAACGCACAGAAGUUCAAGGUUAAGUUUGACGAAUGCAAAGAGGAAGUGCGAAAGUUUCUGGAAGACGUUGGCGACAGCGCAACCAAAGUGGCGGAGAAACUGGGGGAUCUCUCCGUAAAGGACGAGAAGACGAAGAGCUCUGAGAAAGAGGAGAAGAAGGAGAAGAGCGAGGGAGAGGAGAAGAAAGAAGAAAAGGAGGGGGAGGAGAAAUGAACCGGAGACAGCGCUCCUCUUUCUCUCUCUCUCUCUCUCUCUUUCUCGACCUGCAACACUUCUCCCUUUUCUACAAUAGACUCUGAAAUUUGGACACUUGAUUUUUUUUUUUUCUUUGGUUGAACUUUUUAUUUGUUUGCCUCCUGACAUCACAAGACCUUGACGCCACUCUUUAAAGUGUCCGUUUCUCAAUCAUUGAAAUGUUGCGUGGUUGUUUCCCUCGGACACACAAACAUCCCUCCCUGUGCCCACCACACACCCACCCCUCUAUCUCUCUCCAUCUCUAUCUCUCUGUCGGUCUUUCCAGCUCCUCUGUGGGUUCCCCUGUCUUUUCUGGCCACGCCCCCUCCCCCCCAUGAAUCACCAUGUCCAUGCUGUAAGACGAGGCUUGUGCUAUUGAUCGAUUAUUCCCACAUUGGGUAACUUUUGUUUGUUUGUUUUUUCUUUUUUGUACUCUGCGGUAGCGGCGUGAUGAUAUAUCCUGCGUAUGGGUGAACACUGUUUCUGGUGAAAGGAAGCCGAAUGAAUGAGCAGGACGUGAGUUUUUGUAGCGAAUCUUUGACCUUAAGUGGGUGGGGGGUGGAGUCAGAUUUUCGGGUUUAAAGGGAUACUUCAUUUUUCAAAUUAACGUCUGACCGCUAAAUCUGUAGCAUAGAGUCGGUUAUCAUGGACGAUAAUAUAUAUAACAUUUUCCAUGUUUUGACACGAUGAAAACCUGUGGAUUCCCAUCAGAACAUAGAAAGAAGCGUAAUGGGCAGCACUUGUGCAUUGUGAAUGGUUACUAUUGUGUAAAAAAACCUGAGCGUCUGCCUUAUCGACUUCUAUUAAGUGAAAUUUGGAUUUCAUGGGUUUUCUGGGUCAGAAUUAUUUUCUGUGGGACGGGUUGAACUGAACUGAUGGACAUUAUGAUGAAAAAUGUUUAAAUAUUCCUUUAAAAAGAGGCUGGAGUUUGGAGUGGAGUGAAAAGCGGGGAUAUCGGAUGAGGGGAAAGUGCAUCUGCUCGCUGGUUUAGUCAUUGAAGGAACUCUUCAAAUAAAAAAAUAAAUAACUGAACCAAGGCCUGGCUGCUUUGUUUGCUUGAAAAUAAAUCUAGAAAAUAAAGAAAUAAAUAAUGGUUCACACAGAUCUUCAUUUAAGAGUGUCUUCUGCUCAAUUCCACAAGCUAGCGUUUAGCUUUCUUAGUUUCAAAAGUGUCAGAAUGGAAACCAACACAGCUAACUAAGGCUAGCACAGUUAACUAAGGCUAACGCAGCUAUGCUAAGCUACCACAGCCGCUGGCCUGAAAGUCUGAGGUAAAAAUCUUCCUCCAGGCUGUGGUUUAAGUUUGCAUCUGGAGUUUAGUCAACAAAUUCAUUUCUGGUCAUUCCACUGGACACAAGUCUGGAGUUUUGUAGCGCGCAGAGCGCUAAAGAGACAUUAGCACUGAAGCUAAGGGGUGGUGAAGGAAGAGGUGGGCUCAGGAGAGUAGUAGGUUUUUUUUUUUGUUUUGUUUUUUUAUUACAAAAAUGUUGCUUAGCAUAUCUAACAUUCAGAAACUGGCACUUUUGUCCUUUUUUAUUAUUUGGUAAAUAAAUCUGCUUGACGAAUAGUUUUUCUUUGGAUUAUUUUUUCGUGCAUUCCCCGCUCUGUCGAGCUCUUUUGAUAAAAGCGAAUCAGGCACAUUGUCUUAACAUUGGCAUUCUGAUGACUGUCUUGAAUAAAAAAAAGAAUCUCACAUUUUAUAGUGAUGAUAAUGUUACACACAUUGUGUUUAAAGGUUGUGAAGAAACCAAAAUUAAAAACCAAUGCUUUAUCCUUCAA